UUUUUAUACUGGUUGUAGCUACGUUACAGCUUUGAAAAAUAUAAAUAAUCAGGGUUAUUUCGUAAUUUGUUUACCGAAUGAAUCAGUUAUUUUUAAUAUCCUAAUAAAUAUAUGUUUUAAUAUUAUUAACAACAUUCAGCCAUGUCUGAUAAACGUUCACGACAAACCGGAGAUCUAGCUUCUUUAGAACCUGCUGUGAGGGUUAAACAGUUAGCUCACUACGGGACCAUGGUUGAAGUUGAUGCUAAUGUACCACCAAGGAGGUACUACAGAUCAGGUUUAGAAAUGGUAAGGAUGGCUAAUGUAUACUUGGCUGAGGGCAGCCUUGAAAAUGCCUAUAUAUUGUAUAUGAAGUUCAUGACACUAUUUCUGGAAAAGAUAAGGAAGCAUCCGGAAUAUAAUACAGUACCAACAGAUGUGCGCUCGGUCAAUCAAGUCAAAUUAAAAGAAGUGAUGCCUAAAGCGGAGAAAUUAAAACAAAAACUUCUUGAACAAUAUACUAAGGAACAUGAGCUAUAUAAGGAAAAUGAGAAGAAAAGACUUAUUAUGGAAGAAGCGAGAAAGAAGCAGGAACUAGAAGAUGCUAAGCUUGCUGAACGUCUUCAGGCAGAUGAGAACAGUCAAGAUGGCAGCACCACCACACCACACUUGCUGCAUGCGGAUGAGUGGGCUGUGACCCCGACGGCCCCUCCUGUGGAUGGUGUGCUAUACCCAGACGACUUCGCGUCUGAGCCGCCGCGCCCCGCGCAUCGCUACUCCCCCGUACCGCCCCUCAUACCGCCAUCGAGACCGCACCAUGAGACGGAGGAGACGUUGCCGUCGUGGUCGGGGCGGCGGCUGCGCGCGGUGCUGGUGCCCGGAUCACUGAUGGCGCGCUUCCAGGCCCUAGCUGCGUCGCACACCGCGCGCAACCUCGAGCUCUGCGGCAUACUCGCUGGCAUCCUGGAGCGUGAUCAGUUGAAGAUCACUCACGUGAUUGUGCCGAAGCAGACGGGCUCCGCAGACUCGUGCAGCACCAACAACGAGGAGGAGAUAUUCCAUUACCAGGAUCAACAUAACCUGAUCACACUCGGCUGGAUACAUACACAUCCGACACAAACAGCGUUCCUGUCGUCAGUUGACCUGCAUACACAAUGCUCCUACCAACUUAUGAUGCCCGAGGCUAUUGCCAUCGUCUGCGCACCCAAAUAUAAUGAAAUCGGAUAUUUUGCACUGACACCAGAUUAUGGGAUGCAGUUCAUUGCAAAUUGCAGACAAAGCGGUUUCCAUCCGCAUCCAAAUGACCCGCCUUUAUUCUACGAUGUGAAGCACAUACAUCUUGACAACAAUGCUGCAGUAGAAAUGAUAGAUUUGCGGAGAUGAAUUUUACACAUCACUACACUAUUGCAUUUAUAUUUAGUCAGUGUACAGCUUUAGGAAAACAAAGUUUAUUAGUCACGCUACCAAUUUCAUGUUCUCCUAGUACAUAAC